AUGGGGGAUUUUCCAGCCCCUAUUGCUGCUGCAGCCGCCAACGGGAGCAGCCUUUGCCUCAACAACAACAAUAAUAAUCUUACUACUACCCUGAACAGCGGCGGUGCUGGUGGUAGUAGUAGCAGCAGCCUCGGCGGGGUGAACAACGCACCCCACGGCCCUCCUCCUCCUCCUGCUGCUGCUGCCGGUAGCGGCGCGAUCCCCAAACACAGCACGGUGGUGGAGCGGCUGAGGCAGCGCAUCGAGGGCUGCAGGAGGCACCACCUCCACUGCGAGAACAGGUACCAGCAAGCCCAGGCCCAGCAGUUGGAGCUGGAGCGCAGGGACACGGUCAGCCUCUACCAGAGGAGCCUGGAGCAAAGGGCCAAGAAAGCCGGGCCCGGCGGAGCAGGAGCAGGCAAGCAACAGCAUCCCAGCAAACAGCCUCAAGAUGCAGAGCCGGCUCCGGCGGAGCAGCAAAGGAACCACACGCUGAUCAUGCUUCAGGAAACUGUGAAGAGGAAAUUGGAAGGAGCACGCUCACCUCUUAAUGGUGAACAGCAGAAUGGAGUCUGUGACAAUACCUUCUCUCCCACCAGCAAGCGGAUACGAAAAGAUGGACCCGGGAUUGAAAGAGUCAACAACUUGCCCAAUAAUUUGCCUUUGCCUUCCCUUUCCCCUCUUCACCAGCUUGACAUAAAGCCAUCAUUACCCUUGCAGAACAGUGGAACUCAUGCUGGCGGUCUAGAUGACGUGAGUAAAAAUGGUGGACUUCCAGAGAUUAAACUCCCAAUCAAUGGGUGCACUGAACUUGAGGACAGUUUUAACAUCCUGCACAACAGCAACAGCAAGGAGCUAAAGCAAGAGCCUUUAGAUGAUCCUAGCUGCAUUGACAAUUCUGACACAUCACUUUCAAAUCAGAAUAAACUGUUUUCAGACAUUAACCUGAAUGACCAAGAAUGGCAGGAACUGAUAGAUGAGCUGGCAAACACCGUUCCAGAGGAUGAUAUACAAGAUUUGUUCAAUGAAGACUUUGGAGAGAAAAAGGACCCUGAAUUUCCCAGGCCAACCACUGAGAUUCAGGAGAAUGCAAGUGUUAAAAGCGACCCAUCUCACUCUCCAUUUGCUCAUGUACCUCUGGGGUCUCCACAGAUAAGACCUUCUUCUUCAGGCCCUCCAUUUUCAAAUGUUCCUACAGCUUCUAGUUUACCAUCUGUGUCUAGUGCGCCCCCUGCUCCAGUUCCUGACAAUUCACCAGCAAACUGUGUGGUUCAGUCACCUCAGACUCCCAACCAAGCCCAUACCCCAAGCCAAACUCCAUCACGACCAGGUAAUGGUUAUCUCAUGAAUCCAACAACAGUUACAACAGCUGGCCCAGGGCCUGGCCAGGUGGCUGUGUCCAACACUGACUUGUCUCCAGCUGAGCAGCUUAAGCAGAUGGCAGCACAGCAGCAGCAGCGAGCAAAACUCAUGCAGCAGAAGCAGCAGCAUCCAAAUCAAACGUCAAGUUGGUCUCCAGUUGGUCCUCCAUCUAGUCCUUAUGGUGGACCCUUCAGUACAGAUAAACCAAAUAGCCCAAUGAUGUAUCCCCAAGCCUUUAACAACCAAAAUCCUGUAGUGCCUCCAACGGCAAGCAACCCACAAAAAACUACAAUGAAUAACUACCUCCCUCAAAACCACAUGAAUAUGAUCAGCCAGCAGCCAAAUAACCUGGGUUCAAACUCCUUGAGCAAACAGACCAAUAUGCUUUCUUAUGGCAACACUAAACCUCUGACUCAUUAUAAUGCUGACUUGAGUCAAAGAAUGACUCCACCAAUGGCCAGUCCCAGCAAGAAUUCCAUGAUGCCAUACAUGCAGCCACAGCAACCCCAACAGUCACAAAUACAGACACAAAUGGCACACUUGAGUGAGGAGCAGAAACGUAUGCUUAUUAUGAAGCAGAAAGGAAUGAUGAAUCAAUCAAUGGCUUAUGGAACACUUCCAUCCCUGGGUCAGGAACAUCACUCAGUGGGAUUGUCUCGGUCCACAGCUCCCAUGCAGUCCACAGUACCACCUGGCUCCAGUAAUGUGGGUACAAGCCCUGGCAAUGCUACUUUCUUGGGCAACCAACCAGCCAUUAUGAAGCAGAUGCUGAUUGAGCAAAGGGCUCAGCUUCAUAUGAUGGAGCAGCAGAAACAGCAGUUUCUACUGCGGGAACAACGACAGCAACAGCAGCAACAGCAGAUCUUGGCAGAACAGCAUUUGCAGCAGCAGCAGCAACAACAACAGCAGGCGCAUUUGCCUCGGCAGCAUCUCCAGCAACAGCAGCGAAAUCCUUAUCCUGUGCAACAAGUCAAUCAGUUUCAAGGUUCUCCACAGGAUAUAGCAGCAGUAAGAAACCAGGCAGCUCUCCAGAGCAUGAGGACAUCCCGAAUGAUGUCCCAAAACACCAGCAUGAUGACGAUGGGGACUUCCCAGAACACUGGGCCUAUGUCUGCUGCAGCUGGCCAGUCUGAGAUGGGAAUGGCUCCUUAUAGCAGCCCUGCAACUAGCCAAUCGGGAAUGUACAAUAUGAACACAGGAAUGAGCCAAAUGUUGCCGCAUCCAAACCAAAGUAGCAUGAGCCUGUCACAUAACCCAAAUCAGGGGCCAAGGCAGCCCACUGUGACACAAGGAGUUGGCAUGGUCAGUGGUUUUGGCCCCAACAUGUUGGUGAAUUCUGCCAUAUCUCAACAACAUCAGCAAAUGAAAGGGCCUGUGGGUCAGGUGCUGCCCAGACCUCAAGCUCCUAGACUUCAAAACAUGAUGAGCUCCGUCCCACAAGGAGCACAGAACUGGCAGACACGAGGGUUACAAGGUAUCCCUGGAAGAACUAGCAGUGAAAUUGGCCCUUUCAAUAAUGGUGCUGCUUACCCAAUGCAGUCAGGUCAGCCAAGGCUCCCUAAGCAACAUUUCCCACAAAGCGUUAGCCAAUCUGUCAUGGAUACAAGUGGAACAGUACGGACCCUCAACCCAGCAAUAGGAAGGCAGAUGUUACAACCACUCACUGGACAACAAGGAACCAACAACCCAGCCAGAGCAAUGGUUAUGCCUACAAUAGGUCAGGCAGUUCCUACUAUGACUGGUUUUAACCAGUCCUCUGUACAACAUAUAGCAGGGGGAAACUUCACUCAGAGCAACCAAGGUCAGAUAUAUGAAAGGAAUCCCACUCAGGACAUAUCUUAUGGUUAUAAUAAUGAAGGGAGUGGAGGUUCCUUUCCAAACUUAGCAGAGGGCACAGACCUUGUAGACUCCAUCAUUAAAGGUGGACCAGGUGAUGAGUGGAUGCAAGAACUUGAUGAGUUGUUUGGAAAUCCAUAGCAGAUAGGUUGUGUAUACAGUUCCAAAGCUUUGUGAGGUCAAAAAAGGAAAGCAGAAUGUUGCCAAUCCUUAUCUCUUCACUUUGUUUUUGAAGUUGUGCAAAGCAAGCUGAUCUCUGGCUGUUUGUAGGAGGCAUGGAUGGAAUUGAAAACAUUAGUAAGAAGGUCUUACCUGCAUCUCCACAGUGGUUUCCAUGCCAUAGCACACCUGCUGCAGGUGGGAAAGAGAAAAAGAGAAAGAGGCUGUCCAAAAUGGCUACUUUCUGUUCAAGGGCCGCAAGAAAUGCUAACUAGUUUUGGUGUGGGAAAGCACUGGCUGUCUUUCAACAGUGCACCUUGCUGCUCAGUUCUGCUGGAAUUGCUAUAGCUUUCAGGACACGGGAAAGGAAGCUGCUUCCUGAGUUAAAACAGAGGAGAUGUUAGGUACAAGCUACACAGGUCAGAACAGGCGCUAAACAAUGGGUUUAAGCAAACAACCAAGUUUCUUCAUGUACCUGUGUGUCUAACAGGAAGUCAAACCAAGAUUGUUUGAAUAUGGCAAUGACUGGACAUAGCCACAGCUGAAUGGAUCCAUUUACUGUGCUAUCAGAUCUUCUUUAUGUGCAGAAAUAGUCCUAUCUGGAUAGUUUGCCCUUCCUUUGUUACCCAUUUUCUCUAUAACUAAGUGAUUCCUCAUUCAUUUAGAGGGGGAAAUACAGAGCUUUAAAGCAAGUUAGUGCUGUGUAGUACUUGUUAUCUGAGGUGGCUUCCACCAAAGACAUUGGUGCAAGAACAACCAGACAUUGAAAAGGAAAGAGAUAUGCCUAAGUACUUGAAAGUGAUGGUGUCUAGCAGGUUUCCCCCUGGAAGUGGAAGUUGAAUGGGUGUUACAUGUAUGGAGUUGGGCUACCCAAGUGGGCAACAUGAUGUUCCAAGCGAUCUCUGUUCAACUGAAUCUUAGGGACUCAGGGGGGAAUUGGUCUAAAGGUCAAACAAAAGGGCCAAUAACAAAUUCAUAUUUUACUUAGGCAUCAGUGUUGACACAUCAACACUCAGCAGGUUGGAAGCAAAUUUUUGCUUAACAUUUUUCAAAACCAUGCUACCUUUUCCCUUCUUUGUACAUGAUAAUACCAAGCCCUUUUACAAUGUCUAUGCUACUCAAUGAGAAAACAAAAUAAGGAAGAAGAGAUCUUCCAUCAUGGUAACUUCUACAAAUAUUGACACAUAAGCGUUUGAGCACCCCAGAAGUAAGGGUCAAAUAGAAUUCUAUGUACCACUAUUUUGUAGAGCUAGAACUGAAUUGCAAUGCUUUAUUUAGCCCCAUCAGUGUUUAAAGAGUGGAGUUGAGGGGGAUGUGAUGUCACUGCAAGUUGAACACAGGCUUGAUAUUAGAUGGAUCCUCUUCCAUGAAUCUAUUUGGACCUGAUUAUAUGUUACAUGCAAUCAAACACCAGGGAUACUUUUUCCUCUAGGCAAAUUCAAAGAAUGUUGUUUGGAGAAGAAGCAGGAGUACUUUACUCCUUCCCGCCCCCUCCCCACUUCCCAUGCAAGGCAUCAAAAGCAAACACAACUCCAUGGGAAGAAAUUGAAUGCUCUUUUUGAAGUGAAAAGGAAGCAGGCAGAGGAGGGUUUAAUCACCAUCACUUAAUCACUUAAAAUAACCUCCCCCAGAAGAGAUUUUUCUUCCACAACAGUGAUAAGGAAGGAAUCAGGAUUCAAUUACGGUAUAUGUAAUGCAUAGUUAGGCUCUCAAGCUCCCCCAUAGUAGUCUAGCACAUUUUCCACUGAAAUUAGUGGGUGACAUUUUGUUGACUCUUAUGAGAGUUAGAUGUAGUGGGAUGGAGCACCAUUUAAUGCAAUUUCAGCCUGUGCCAAAAUGAGGAAUGAUGAAUGUACUUGCACACUGGUGGACUUGACAUGUGGUGAAGCAGUUGCUGGCUGAUAAAGCCUUUGCCAUGCACUCAGUAUAUUGUGUGCCAAAGUCAAUCCUCAUUUUAGCAUCAGUGGAGAGUUGUGCCCUGAAGAUCCAAAGAAGAUUUUCGUCCACAAAUAUUCUGAGCAGAAAUAGAUAUUAGCUAUUGAAGAGAGUUGGAGAACAAAGAAUAGGGCUUGGAGUGAUGUAGAGUCAGGUAAAGAUGAGAGAGAUAUGACCAUUUCCUUUGCCAUACAAAUGCACAGGAUAAAAGCCAAGUGUCUGUUUUCACUGCCUCUCUCAGUCUCAGACAGAGUUAUUCUUUCCCGGCAAGGGAAACAAUAGAAAGACGAACAGUGGAAGCCUGUUUGUUUAUUCAGAAGUAGGUUCUACUGUAUUCCAUGGGGCUUACUCCCAGGUAAUUGUGCACUGAACUGUGAUACUAUGAUUGCAGUAUCAGGGCUCUGGACUGCACAAAAUUUAACAGGUAAUAAAACUUAUUCACUUUUGUGAUAAAAGUACAAGAAUUGCUGUUUCUUCUGGUGAUGAGGCCUCUAAAUCCGUCAUAUUUGUAAAGCUUCCUCCAAAUAUUUUAAAAUGGGACCAAGUAAUAAAAGAAUUUAAUAUCUUGGGCUUUUGUUUUUGUUUUUACUAUGGUGCUGAUGUAUAUGAAAUGUGUAAAAAGAAGAAUUAUUUGUAAAUAUGUUUUUACAAUCCUGCAGAUAUCACUGAGUCUAAUCUGUAAAAUAUAUAUACAUAUAAAUAAAUAUAAUUAUAUAAAUAUAUAUAUAUAUAAUGUUUGUUUAAAAUAGAGUAUUUUUAUUUCAUUCUUUAACUCAUCCUCACUGCAGUGGUAUUGCACUUCAGAUGUCUAACUACUAAUUUGUACUGUUCCCUUGCCAGCAACUUGCUCCAUUUUAUUCAGAUUUUUCUAGUUUAAUGUUUUUUACUUUGUACAUUGGACAUUGCUUAUUUCCUUUUGAGGACUGUACAGAGUGCUGGAAAAAUGUAGAAACUGACUAAUAACAUACCAAUUUUAAAGAAAAAAAUAAAACAAGAGAUGGUUAUCUGA